AGCACCUCAGCCGCCGCCGCCUGGCGCCCGAGGAGAGGGCGGCGGGCGCCCCCCGGGGAAGAUGAAGGCGGAGGGAGGCGACCACUCCAUGAUCAACCUGUCCGUGCAGCAGGUUCUGAGCCUCUGGGCCCACGGGACGGUGCUGAGGAACCUCACGGAGAUGUGGUACUGGAUCUUUCUCUGGGCUCUCUUCUCCUCUCUGUUUGUCCAUGGUGCUGCAGGAGUGUUGAUGUUUGUGAUGCUGCAGAGACAUAGGCAGGGAAGAGUAAUCUCUGUGAUUGCAGUCAGCAUCGGAUUUCUGGCUUCUAUCACUGGAGCAAUGAUUACUAGUGCAGCAGUUGCUGGCAUCUACAGAGUAGCAGGGAAGAACAUGGCCCCUUUGGAAGCCCUGGUGUGGGGUGUUGGACAGACAGUUCUGACAUUAAUCAUCUCUUUUUCAAGGAUCCUUGCUACACUUUGAGGUUUCUGUGGAAAUGUCUUUCUUCAUAUAAGGAAACAGAUUCUCUGGAAAUGGCGUUGUUAACAAAUAGGAGAUGAAGUUGUACAAGAAAAGUGGAAGGAGCAGGUCUAAAGAACAGGCCCUGAGCUGUGUGGAAAGAUUGCCCUCUGGUGUUCAAGUGAUUGCACUACACCACUGCACCUUACGUGCCUCCGUCCCAGGCAAGGCGCAAUAUGCUAUGUGAAGCUACAAGAAAAGCACCUUGUUUAGCUGCCAAUCAGGUUAACAUUGGUGUUGAAUCAUCGUUCUUAACAGUGUUGUGUUAAGUUACAGGACGUUUUGAGGAAUUGAUAUAUGUGCCAAACUUUUUUUUUUAACAUUGAUCAUGCGACAAUUUGCAAGUGUAGAUGUUAGAUGAGUGCUGUGAACAUAUUUGACAUGAAUUCAGGUAAUGUAGUGAGAUUUUUGUUUUGUAAUGCUAAAUCCUGUAUGAGUGCUGAAUACCCAAUCAUUUAAUAUGAGAUAAAUUAUUUGAUUUUUAAUGUUGAAUGUUUAUGGAAUUUAGGGCUUUAAUAUGUUUAAGGCAUUAUUGUUAUUUAAUUUAUGUUGAAAAUAUACUUAGCGGAAAACUAGUUAAAAUCUUUUAAGAACUUAAAGUAGAUCUAUAGGGAGCAUCCUUUUCACUCACUUAAAUAAUACUCUGAAUAGUUUCCCUCCUACAUGAAUAUUCUGUUGAUAUGAAUUCAGAAUUGUAUUGGUCACACACAUUGGUUGUAGUUUGUGUGUCAUAAAAAUAUCAUUUGAAAAUUUCUUAUAAAUUUUGUAAGGAAAGAAGUCUGAAAUGCAUGUUGCAUUCUUUGACCCUUCUGAAGAAAGAUUUUGCCAUGUAUCUCAUGGAGAAAACCUCUUUAUAACUAGUAUCUCAGUGGGAUUAUUCUACUUGUUGGGUACACCUUAAUUUUUGACAAAAUGUAAACAAUCUUUCAUUAUGGAGUAUUAAAUAUAUUUAAAGAGUGGCCUAAAUUAGGCUGUGAAAACAAAAGCCUCAUUUGUAGAUAAGUAACAAGUAAGUUAUAUUAGGAAGAGUAUAAACUCUCAUACUUUGGAUAUGUGCUAACAACAUAAUUUUGCUAAGUAAAAAUUGGGGAAUAUAGUAAAUUCUAAAAUGUGGCAGUUAAUCCGAGCAUAUCAAUACAGUUCUGACCAUAUGUUGGAGUGAUUAAGUUGUUCAGUUAUUUAUGCUGUUAUUUAAGUUUACUAGAAUCUAUAUUGACAUUUAUUAGAAAUGAAAAAUGUCUUUAGUAUAAAAAUUUUAAGAAAUUUGACUAUAUAACUUUUUAAGAGUACAGGAAGUAAGGAGAACAGAACCUGGUUGAAUUUGCCUCCUACUGAGAUUUUUAAGAUUCCUAGUAUAAUUAUAUAUGUGGUAAUUUAAAAGAAAAGCAACUGAUGACAAUAUGAAGUUAAGGUCAGUUCACAAACUAAUAUUACGCACUCUAACCUCACCGUUUUACAACUUGAUUUGGUUAAAAAAUAGGUUUCUAUUAGGUUCCAUUCAAAUUUAAAAGUUGAAUAUAUCAAAAACUUAACACUGUGGAGUUGAUGGCAUGAAAGCCAAUGUGCGGGGUUUACUAAGGCUGUGACUUGGAAAUUUAUUUAAAAAAAACAAACAAACACUAAACAACUAUGUAUUCUUAGAGAUCUUUGAAGUAAAUCUUACGAUUGAUUCUUUUUAUUAUACACAAGCUUGUAAUUAUUUUCAUGUGUUCUUUAUAUUCCUGAUGUGUUCCCAAAUUAAAUUUAGUCAUAACUUUUCCAAGUCAAUUUAAUUUCUCCUUUGCUGUUAGAUUUGAGCUGUGCUUCUUUACCUUGCUUGAUUGACUAUUCUAUCAGUAAUUUGAAGUGUUCCUGUUCUUUGAGAGGAAUUACCAAUAGCAUGUUGAAAUUGUUUCAGACUUAUGAAUAUAAUAUUUAUUUAUUUUAGCAUAUGGUUAUUUUAUGAGUUAAGAAAGUUGUCAUGGUAGGGUAAUGUAGAGCAUAUGAUUCAGAAUCCAAAAUUAACCAGAAAAAAGCUUUGAUACAUUAUAAAUAUAUGAAUGCAUGGACCAAAGAGAUUUAAACUCCUGUUUUUACUCUAGAAUGGAAGUAUAAUUGGAUGGUUAAUAAUUAAUUUGUAGGAUAUCCUGCAUUUAUCUCAUUAUCAAGUUGCUUUACAUUAUGAAGUGUGUGUGUGUGUGUGUGUGUGUGUGUGUGUGUGUGUACACUUUUAACAUUUGGGGAAUAUUUUAUUUCUUUGCUGUUUUCAAUUAUUUCCAUUGGGAUUUUGUGCAACUACCACUGUUUUGAUGUCUUGAAAUUCAGUGGAAUAGUAUGAAUUGAUAAAAAUUGUCUUAAUAGCUCUUUCUACGCUGAGAUUUUUAAAGUUAGUGGUUUUCCUAUAGCGAAGAAACGUUUAAUGAUAUACACACGUGUAUAUAUCACUAUAUACAUAUAUAAAGCUGCUAUAUAUGAAUACAGUCUAAUUGGAAAGCUUUUGUUCAAUGACUUUUCAUGUUCCGGUGGAGAAUUUGAUGCAUUUGUUCAUUUGAAUGAUCUUUUAAAGAGUUUUGGGGAUGUUUGAGAUUUGUGAAUUUUGGGAAAUUGUUCUUGGUUUAACACUGCUGGAGACUCUUGUUUAUGAUACGGCAAAAACCCUUGUUAUAUUUGGGUUAUACCUUUUAAAAUGUGAUACAGCAAUUAAUUUUUUUGAGUGGGAUAAAUGCAGGAAGGAAUGGGGAUAUCCUCUGUAGUUUAAAUUCCUUUAUUUAAAAGAAAUGUGUUUAGUAAAAUAUUGCUGACAGUGUAAUCAGUUCCCCAAAGAAGAGAUUCGCAUGUACCCACACUAUUACUUAACAUCCCAGUUAGAAAUGUCUGUAGAUCCAAGUUAGUCAGAGGGCCUCAAUCUAAACUGCAAAUAAUGCUUAAAACCACUAAGUGAAGGAAGUGCAGGUAAUCUGCCCCACAUGAAUGAUUCCAUGGGUUGCUUGGAAAAAGGAAGGUCCUGAGUGGUGUCUCCCUUCAGUACUUGCAGUUUAAUUAUUCUUACUUUAAAUCUUACCAACAGUGUUAAGUUUAUAAUUCAAUGUACUUUCUUAGUAUUUGAGCAUACAUUUCCAAAACCACUUAAAAAUGUAAACAUUUUGUUUGUACUUUAAGUGAGAAAUAAAGAAAUGUGCUUCCCUGUAUGUUAUGUACUUGUGCUAUAAGGAACUGGUAACUUAAAAUGAAAUCAUGUUGGAAAAGGUCUUUAGAGAACCUCUAAUUAAAAUGAAGAGAGUGGGGCUGCUGUGUUAAUAUGCCCAAGCUGACACCAACUAAUUCAAUUCUCUAGACAUUUUUGUUGGAUCUGCUAUGUCAGGGAUUUGUAUGUAUAUUUUCUGUACUAAGUACAAAGAAUGACUGCCCUGAUUCCCCAAGAGCUACCAAGGUGAUUUUACUAAAAAGAUUAGGACAACAUUUUUCUCCCAAGUUGAGAGUUGAAGUCCUGUUUUUCUGCCCCCCAGUUCAGAUUUCCCCCCGUUUAUCCAGCAAAUGGAACUUCAGUAACUGAGAUAUCAAUGCCAUGACAUAGUGAAGAAUAUGCUAGAAUCUAAACAAAUGACAUAGAUUUGAAUCCAGACCUAUAACUUCUCAACUUUUUGCUUAAGAAUGGCAAAGCAGUGUAUUUUGAUAGUAAUCAAUCAUCAUUAGUAUUUUUUAAAUUACAUUUAAAAAUCCAAUUAAAUGUGUUUUAUAAAAUGUACCUCUUCCUUGUCCACAUUUUCCCUACAUAUAUUUUAAGAAGGAAACUAAAAAAAUUCUCUUAAGACCUAGUUUCCUUUACCCAGUCUCUUAGUAGAUACUUAUCUAAGAGCACUUUUGGGAACUGGUGGUGGUGUAAAUGUCCAGAGCAAGCAGGAUUCGAUUACAGCUUGUGUUUACGCCAGUUAAAGAAACAUGUAGAGUCAGCCAGCAUUUCCUCCUUUAUCCUAUCCUUACUUUCCUUGGAUUCAUUCAGCCAACAUCCAUUAAAUCUCUGUUAGAUGGCGCCUUUACUAUCCUUGUUCUAGGGAUGGAAAAGUGUCCUCUCUAUCUGUCCACCUCUCUUCCACCCCACUGGUCUUUUCCUACCCCUUUGGGUAUUUAGUGUCGAUCCUAUAGGAGGAAAGAUCCACGCUUCAGUAUCUACCAAGUCCUUGCUUCGAUGGACCAAAGUUGCAUAAGUGCUAGUAGUUGUUGAUAUGGGUUUUUAACUUAAAAAGAAAUACUUACUAUGAAUUUGUACAUUUUACCAUUCAAGAAGUAACAAGAUGCUAAUACUAUUAAAAAUACUACUUCACUCUUGCCAUUACACAUUUCUCUUAGAAAGUCUUCAUCAGAAUCUUUUCACAGAACCAUUGUUUUCUUUUUAAGAUGUGAGGAAUGUCAAACGUUACUGAGGAAAUUCUAGUCAGCCUAGACUUGGAGAAAUUUAGCAAUAUUUCCUGAGUAACUGGGUAAAUUGCUGUUUCUUUUAAUAUAAAUCACAGGUGAGAAUUUCAGUGGUUAAACUUGACUAGUAAUUAAAUGGUCUGAUAAGUUCCUUUGAUGUUAGACCUUUUUGUGACAUCUUGGAGGGAGACCCUCCAACAUAAAGAGGACAUUUUUGAUUAAAGAUGAGAACAAAUUUUCAAACUGGUGAUAGCAUUUCGUAGCAGAGGGAAGUUUAAAGACGGAAAGAAAUGUGUAGGAGUAACACACAAAACAAAUGCAUAUUACAUUGUGUGAAUUUAAUUUCCCCCUUUUGUUGAGACUAUAAAACCACAUUGUAUGAAAAUGUGUACUGCAUGUUUAUAAAAUUCUGUGUUUCUGUAUAUAGUGAGACUUACCACAAAGCAUUUUGAAAUUUUAUUAUUCUGUGUGUGUGUGUGCGUGUGUGUGUAUGUGUGGUGGUGGUGGUGGUGGUAGGUUUGCUCUUCUAACUUAAGUUUCUCUGUUCAGUGUAGGCAAUACAAUAUUUUUUGAGGAGGUUGCUGAAUUAGUUAUCUAAAAAUAUAUCAGUGAAUUUGUUUGGAGGAAGCAAUUCUUAUUAUAUAAUUUUCAAGAAAUACGGAGAUGUACCAGUUAGUAUACUUCAUUAAUUUAGUGGAAAUUCCCCAAAUUUCUGAGUGAGCUGAGCUGUGAACUGUAACCAUGUCCUCCCCUGAGUCUAGGGGACUCAUUUUUACAUUCUUCACAUUCAUUGCACACAUAUUGAAUUUAUAAAAUAACCCUUUCUUGAUUUUAAGAACUAAUUUAACAGUUUCUAAAAAAUUUCUCUCUCCUUCCAUAUAGAUGCCAUAUUAUAGUUUAAACAUAUGUGCAGCUUGUUGCUAGAAGUGCUGGCUUAGAGGAGAAUAUUCUUAAUACCUUAUGGUUAUACAGUUAUAAUCUUACGGAAAAAUACUAUAGGCAAGUCAAGAAAGCAUGAACCUCAUUUUUAAAAAAUUAUAUCCCAUGCCAUUAUAUAUCUCCUCUCAAUGAUAAGAUGACUGUGCCCUUUUGAGGAAUGUAUUUAUGUAUGUAACUGAGACUGGAAAGCAGCAGUGUAACAUAAAUAUAUAGAAAGAGAAACGAUAGUAUGUAUUGUGGCAAAUACAAAAUCAACGUAACUGAUCAUUUCAAAAGAAAAUUGUCACUUUUUUUAAAAACCCUAUAUAAAUGAAUGUUAACUUGAUAGUACUGCUGAUGAAAUGUUUCCUUUGUUUUUAAAUUGAAGUAUUUGCACAUCAUCACUAAAUAUCUUUGGGAAAGAACAUUUUAAAGUUUUCUCUGUAGAAAGCAAAAUAGAGGCACUUGUUUGAAUAAUAAUAAAAAUGACUUUCUUUCAGUACUGGAUUAGUGGAAGGUCUCAUGGUUGACACUUUCUUAGUAUCUGUGAUAUCAGAUGCAUUUAUGAUGGAGAAAUUUAUUAAAAUUGUAGCCCUC